AUUAUGAUACUGCAUAGAAAGUGCAUGAACCCAACCAUACUUUCAAAACCAAAAAAGAGGCACUCUGUUACUCAAUUAUGCUCCCACUAUAUAUCUAUAUGACGUACACACGUAAUACUAAUCCAUAACAAUAAAACAUAACACUAGAAAACAAAGUUCGGCCAUUCUAAAUUUGCACCUCCAAAACAGCUCACUCACUCAUACUUCUCUACUCCUCUCUCUCUCUCUCUCUCUCUCUCUCUCUCUCAAUGUAAUCAAAUCACAAUGUGGCCAAGUGAUCACCAAACUUGCACCUCAAGCAUCGAUGGCCCUUCACCACCAUCUACCCCGCCGCUCCGCCACCAGUGCGUAGCAACGCUCAAGGGCCACACCUCCUACAUAUCAGCCCUUGCCGUCGCUGGGGGACACCUAUUCACGGGCUCCUCCUCCGGCCAAAUCCACCGCACCAGCCUAAACUCCCUCUCACACCACCAAACCCUGCCAGACGAGGCCAUGACCUCCGCAGGAGACGGGGCCGUGAAGGCCCUCGUAGCCUCCUCCGACAAGCUCAUCACCGCCCACCAAGACCACAAAAUCCGAGUGUGGAGAGUCGACAACACCACCGGCAACCGGAGAAUCACGCAGCUUGCCACGCUCCCGACCCUGAGCGAUAGAGCGAUCACGCUCCUGCUCCCCCGGAACCAUGUCCGGGUAAGGAGGCACAAGACGUCGACGUGGGUCCACCACAUCGACGCUGUGUCUGCGCUAGCUCUCUCGAGGGACGAGAGGCUUCUCUACUCGGUCUCGUGGGACCGGACUCUGAAGAUAUGGAGGACCGCUGACUUCAAAUGCCUCGAGUCCGUGGCGGACGCGCACGACGACGCUGUCAACGCCAUCGCCCUCUCAGGCGACGGCGCCAUCUACACGGGAUCCUCCGACGGGAAGAUCAAGGUGUGGAGGAAGAGACAAGGGGAGAAGAAGGGUUACUCACUGGAUGCUACAUUGAUGAAGCAUAAAGCCGGGAUCAAUGCGUUAUCGAUGAGUGCGGACGGGGUGGUUUUGUACUCUGGUGCCUCGGACGCAUUGAUAUGCUCGUGGAAGAGCGACGGCAGCGGUGGAAUGGCAGCGGUGGCGGCGCUGAGGGGGCAUGGGAAGGCCGUGCUGUGCUUGGCUGCGGCUGCGGAUCAUGUGGUUUGCAGUGGCUCGGCUGAUCAGACGGUGAGGGUCUGGAGAGGGAAUGGGAAAUCGUCAUAUGAGUGUUUAGCGAUUCUUGAAGGGCAUCGAGGGCCUAUCAAAUGCAUCACGGUGCAUACUUGUUCUCAUCCAUCAUCAAACACCUGCCUUCUCUACAGUGCUGCUCUUGAUUGUGAUAUUAAAGUCUGGAAAUUAUGCUUCUCUAUAUAAGAUACUAUUAAUUUAAUAAUAAUAAUAAUAAUAAUAAAGCUAUAUUUUUUAAUUAA